CUCAACCAGUACGUUCAGGCCGUGGCUCUGCCCAGCAGCUGUGCCCCCGCUGGCACCAUGUGCACCGUCUCUGGCUGGGGAAACACCAUGAGCUCCUCCGCUGACAAGAACAAGCUGCAGUGCCUGAACAUCCCCAUCCUGUCCGACAGGGACUGUGAUAACUCUUACCCCGGUCAGAUCACUGAUGCCAUGUUCUGCGCUGGAUACCUUGAGGGAGGCAAGGACUCUUGCCAGGGAGACUCUGGUGGACCCGUCGUGUGCAACGGUGAGCUGCAGGGUGUUGUGUCCUGGGGCUACGGAUGUGCUCAGAAGGACAACCCCGGUGUCUACGCCAAGGUCUGCCUCUUCAACGAUUGGCUGGAGACAACCAUGGCCAACUAUUAAGUCUGAUUCUGCGAUCACCAUCUUACUCUUCUGCCUUUCUUCCAUCAUUCUAACUCCACUGUUGUUGUUGAGUUUUGAACAAUGCGCACUCUGAGUCAAUAAAGUCCUACACCUUGACUUU